CAUGAUGGCGGGGUAGCGUGUGAAGGGAAGGAACAGUGGCAAUUAUGUAAUGUAGGCGUGUUGUAGGUUAUGUGUGUAACCGUAUGUGUAUUAAAAAUGAACGCAAGAUAACAUUAUUUAAAUAAUCGGCUUGUAAAUAUGAUUUAUAUUGUUUGCUUUAAAUUUAUUAAGAAUUAAAUUCUUAAGAAUAUUUAACUGAAAUUUGUUUAAGAUCAUGGCCAGGUGGCAGAUGCAUGUUAAAAGUAUAUUGUACUUUGUUUUAUCAUAUUUUAAAUAUGUUGCAUCAAUAUCAGAUCAUCCUGUUAUAUUGGUGAUAUCAUAUGAUGGUUUUCGCUAUAAUUAUUUGGACAAGAAUAUAACACCAAACAUGAAUAAAGUGAGAAUCAGUGGAUCCCAUGCGGAUUAUAUGAGGAAUGCAUUUAUAACAAAAACUUUCACUAAUCAUCACUCAAUUGCAACAGGAGUUUACCCUGAAGUUCAUGGGAUUCUAGCAAAUGAUGUAUAUGAUCCUAAAUAUGGUAAAAUUCUACACUAUGGUUAUGAAUUUUGGCAUUUCAAUGAUGCAGUAAUUCCAGUAUGGACACUGAAUGAGCAGGCUGGAGAAGGACGCCACAGUGGUGUCAUGAUGUGGCCUGGGGGAGGAGAUGAGGUGUACCUGAAUACGACACUGACAUUCAGCCAUAGUUUCAACUCCUCUGUUCCAUUCUUCGAUCGUGUUGACACUGUACUGUCUUGGAUUCUGCACCCACAGACACCUGCUAAUCUUGUCUUUCUAUAUUUUGAGGAGCCUGAUAAGACUGCACACAUAUAUGGACCUGAAUCUCAAGAAGUUCGAGAAGAAAUUUCUAAGGUUGAUAAUGUAACUGGUUACUUAGUAAAGAAAUUGCAAGAGAAUAAUUUGACAGAUUCAGUUAAUGUGUUCCUCUUGAGUGAUCAUGGGUUUGAAACAGUUACACCUCCAAGAAUCAUUAAUAUAACAGAAGUAAUUAAAGAAAUGAAUUAUACUAUUGUGGGGAAUUCCCCUGCACUUCAUAUUUAUCCACAUGAUGGUGAUGAGGAUGCUGUCUACAGUGCUCUGAAGAAUGCAUCUAAAGAAAUAGGGCAUUUCAGAGUAUAUCACAGGGAAGAAAUUCUUGAACGUUGGCACUAUAAGAAUAAUCGGCGUGCACCUCCCAUCUUUGUUUUGGCAGAUGAAUCCUAUGCUUUUGAUGAUAUGUAUCAGUAUGUUGAAGAUUAUGAAAAGUUGACAAAUAAAACAAUUACAGAUAAUGUAACAUUUGGUUUACAUGGAUAUGACAAUAAUGAAAUGAACAUGCAGCCAUAUUUCAUUGCGUUUGGACCACUGAUUAAGAAGCAGUACAAGAUUGAUCCAUUUGAUAAUGUGGAUCUGUAUUCCCUGUUCUGCUACAUGCUGCAUCUCAGUCCACCAGUCACAAAUGGGACUCUUGACAAUGUGAAGUGGUUGCUAGCAAGUGAACCAGAUCCUUCGUUACCAUACAUACUUGGUGGGAUUGUAGUGGCCGCGUUGUCCAUCACCGCUCUUGCAAUUCUGACCGUCUGCUUGUUGAGACACAGACAGAAGAAAACUGAUCCACCGACUCAGUCAUACAGGGCAAUUGGCAAGUUGGAUCCUGACAGAACACAGAGUGAAAUGGAAGCCCAGCAUCUGCUAGAAAACAAUGACAGUGAAGAUAAACAAGUAUAUAUAUAUAUAUAUAUAUAUGUAUAAAUGUAUCAUGUGACAUGAGGUAUGCUGUUACAUACUGAGAAUGUUUCUGCAUGCUUAAGAAUUUGUGUGAUACACUUAGUGCAUUGUCAUACAUAUUAUGAUGUUCAUGUAAUUCCAAAGUUAAAUACACGUUGUGUGGUUUAUGUAAUUGCAUUAUAGGUUAAUGAACAGUUGUGCAACAAUUUCAGAAAUUCAUUUAGAAUCAAAAGAGAUAUUAUAUUAAAUUGAACCAGUUUAAUAUGGAAUGCAGCUAACAGCCUAACAGUUGUCUGUACAUGACUAGUUGGAAAAAGCUGUCCUUCAGCAUGGUUUUGUAUAUGGUUAAGCUUGUUUCUGUAUUUGUAUAUACAGGGUGUCCCAGGAGGAAUGGACCAAACUUCGGGAGGGUGUUCCUUAUGUUAAAG